UUGCCAAAUGUCAUUCGAAAAAUGUAAAUGUAAAUUGCACCGUCGUAUUUUUAAAGAAAAAUAGAUUUAAAAUCGACAUAAAUUAGUGAUAAUGUUUUUCUUUUUCACUCUCUAUUUGUCCUAUUAAGUGUAUGUUUCUGAUAAAUCGAUAUACAAGAUUUAAAACGUUUUUUGUAUUAUGAAAUACAUAAAAAUACGUGUACCAUUGUGCAUUGUGUAGAAAAUGAUUUGUAAAUAGUGUGUACUGUAGUUAGCUAAAGGUAUUCAAUAUGUGGUCUUUUUUCUCACGAGAUCCGACUAAGGACUUUCCAUAUGAGGUAGGCGAUCCGGUGCCAGGGUUGGAAGACAGGAGCGUGUGGACUUUGCAUAAAGGCAAGAAGAGGGGUACGCAAGAUGAGGUCUCGAUAUUUUUGUACGAUGUGACCAAAAAUUCGGAGACGUUGUUCGAUAUAGCUAAAACGUCGUUGAAGAAACUAAAGACUAUGAGACACCCAAGCCUUUUACAUUAUUUAGAUAGCUGUGAAACUGAGAAAUUUUUAUAUGUAGCCACAGAAUAUGUGGAACCAUUAGCGAUACACAUAGAGAAUAUGACGCUGGACGGCCAGCAGCGAGAGCUGUUCCUCGCGUGGGGAAUAUUUCAAAUUACAAGGGCACUAUCAUUCUUCAACAACGACGGUAAUGUGAAACACAACAAUGUGUGCCUAUACUCAGUGUUUGUCACUCUCGCCGGGGAGUGGAAGCUUGGCGGUUUUGAGUUCCUCACGGCACACGGGCAGGACACCAGCAAUCCAUUACCUAUUAAGAUACUGCCUACACUUGAAAUAUAUGAUCCACCUGAAAAGAAUGAUCCAACUAAAUUGAAGGCAGUUACUAAAUGUUCAUCAGACAUGUGGGGCCUAGGAUGCCUGAUCUGGGAGGCAUUCAACGGCCCCCUGUCCAACCAGCCGGCGCUGAAAACUGUGGACAACAUACCCAAGCAGCUGUGUACACUGUACUGCGAGCUGGUCAGUGCCAACCCCGCAUCUAGGCCGAACCCUGCUGAUAUUAUUACUAGAUGUCGAAAACUCGGCGGUUAUUUCAAAAAUGACCUAAUAGACACAAUGCUGUUUCUGGAAGAGAUCCAGAUAAAGGACAAGGUGGAGAAAGCCAAGUUCUUCUCGACGCUAAGUGGUCACCUGGACAGCUUCCCGGAAGCUGUGUGUGUGCACAAGAUCCUGCCUCAGCUGCUGACUGCUUUUAAUUAUGGCGACGCUGGGUCAGCUGUAUUGGCGCCCAUGUUCAAGUUGGGCAAGCUGCUCGAAGAUGAGGACUACCAGAAGCAGAUAGUGCCGUGCGUGGUGAAGCUGUUCGCGUCCAACGACCGCACCACGCGCUCGCGUCUGCUGCAACAGCUGGACCAGUUCAUCCAUCACCUGCAGAACUCCACCGUGAACGAGCAAAUAUUCCCGCAAGUGGUGCACGGCUUCAUGGACACCAACGCCAUCAUCCGCGAGCAGACGGUCAAGUCCAUCAUCCACCUGGCGCCCAAGCUCAACUACAACAACAUCAACGUGGAGGUGCUGCGACACUUCGCGCGCCUGCAGUCCAAGGACGACCAGGGCGGGAUCAGAACAAACACAACAGUGUGUCUUGGCAAGAUAGCGGCGCACUUACACCCGCAGAUACGACAGAAAGUCCUCGUGUCGGCGUUCGUGCGUGCGACUCGUGACGCGUUCCCCCCGGCGAGGCAAGCCGGCGUGCUGGCUUUGGCAGCGACACAGCAAUACUUCCUGCUGGCUGAGGUCGCUAACAGAGUGCUGCCAGCGCUGUGUCCGUUGACCGCUGAUCCGGAAAAACAGGUGCGAGAGUCAACAUUCAGAACGAUAAAAGGAUUUCUAGGAAAACUAGAAAAGGUUUCAGAAGAUCCCAGUCUAAAAGAAGGAAUGGAGGCAGACGUGCACACAGCCACGCCGUCUCUGAGCAACGCGGCCGCGACGUGGGCGGGCUGGGCGGUGACAGCAGUGACCGCCAAGUUCUACAGAUCACAUUCCGACACCGCACGAGUGCAGCACGCGCCCAAGUCUGCGCUAUCCAAGCCUGGCUCACUUGAACAACCGUCAUCUAGCAGUAUGUCGACGACGACGUCAUCAGUGACAUCCAUGACGUCACUGGAGCACAGCGAGUCCGCCUCGGACUACGACCCCGAGCACUGGGACAUGACUGCGUGGGGGGAAAUUGACUCCAGCGCCGGCACGACGGCCGCCAGCGCCAAGUCCCCGGGCAGCAGCGGCAGCACGCACGCCACGCCGGCGCUCGCCGCGCUGUGCGAGGACGACUGGGACAACGAGGAGUGGGGCACGCUGCAGGAGCAGCCGUCGGCGGAGGCGGAGCUGGCGAGUCCGUCGGAGACGUGGGGCAGCUCGUGGGGCGAGCCGCACGCCAACAGCGCGCACGCCACGCUGGUGCGCGCGCGCGCCGCCACGCACGCCGCCACGCACCAGAACAGCAACGACUCGCUCGGCGGCUGGGAGGACGGCGAGUUCGAGCCCAUCGAGGAGAACGCCGACGAAAACAACGCAUCCAAAAUGGACGAAAUGCGUCGCAAACGUGAAGAGAGAAAGCUGCAGCGUCAGCGAGAAAUGGAGGCGAGACGAAGCGCGCGGGGUCAGGGGCCCAUGAAGUUAGGCACCAAGAUCACGACCCCUCCACCCUUCUAGGCUUAUACCCCCCAUUAAUGGGGUCAGUGCGGUUAGUAAUCGGCGCGAACUUGGUCUACUUGAUUCGAUUAUCGUACUUAUCGCCCUUUAAAUAGAGUUGUAAGUAGAAUGAUAUCUUUUUAUAUAAAUACCAGUUAAGGAGUAUUUUUUAAGUUUAGGAAAGCUCAGUUUAGGUAUUUGUAUUUUUUAGUUUUUAUAUUUUCAAAUUAUCGCCAAGACAAAGUUUUGCCUACAAAUCGUUGUCUUUCGUCCGAUCGCAACGAAAAAUCUUAAUAUAUAAAUGCGAAAGUUUAUUUAUCUUCUUCUUCUUCUUAAUCGUGCACUCUUGGCAGAGUGGUCGUGGUUGCAGCGAUGAGCGACGCCUUUUGUGCAAUGCUCCGCCACUUUUGGCGAUUGGCUGCAUUUUGGGUACACUCCGCCAAAGAUGAUUGUGUAGCAGCCUUAACCAAAUCCGUCCAGCGGGUUGGAGAUCGGCCUCUGGAUCUUUUGCCUUGGACUUGCCCUUGCACUACCAACCGUUCUAUAGAAUCAUGAUUUCUGGAGAUGUGGCCAAAGAACUUUAAGACCCGUAAAAGCACAGUCGACGAAAGCCUUUCUUUUAUCUUUAGUUCAUUGAGAAUGGAAAUGUUGGUUCUGAAUGCUGUCCAAGGAAUCCUCAACAAACGCCUCCAACACCACAUCUCCAGGGCAUCGAUCUUGCGACGGUCUUGUAGACGCAAGGACCACGUUUCCGCACCGUAGAGAAAGAUUGGAAAGACAAGACACCUCAUAAGUCGAACCUUCGUGGUUUUGGUGAUUCUCCUAUCUUUCCAAAUCUUGCUAAGUUUAUCCACUGCCGAUCUAGUAAUGGCACAACGUCUCCGGAUUUCAAUCUCACAACCACCAGUAUUAGAGAUAGUAGAACCCAGAUAGAUGUAAGUUGGAACAACCUCACAGUUCGCUAUUUUGUCAAUAUCUGGUCUGUUCUGAUUGGCGCGGUCCACAAUCAUUAUUUUGGUCUUCUCUCUGUUAAUGGCAAGUCCAAAUUCAAGGCUAAUUACUUCUAGACGGGUCAGCAGGUCUUCUAUAUCCUCUUUAGUUUGUGCAAAAAGCGUAGUAUCGUCUGCAUACCGUAAGUUUGAAAUAUUUCGUCCUCCCACAGAUAUUCCCUUGUCCCAGUUUUCCAGAACCAUCCGCAUUAUGUAUUCUGUAUAGGUGUUGAAGAGGAGUGGAGACAAAAUACAUCCUUGCCGAACGCCAGCUUUGGUCUUCAAACUUGCAGAGUCCACUUUGUCCACUCUUACAGCAGCUGUGCCAUCUACGUAUAAAUGUUGUACUAGAUUUAUAAGGUGCAGAGGUACUCCCAUAUCUGUUAAUACUUGCCAGAGCUUCUUCCAUUUAACAGUAUCAAAUGCUUUACAGAAGUCUACAAAGCAAAUAUACAACGGAGUGUUAAAUUCUCUGGCCUUUUCUACAAUCUGGCGGAUUAUCAGUAUUUGCUCUCGUGUACCUCUACCCUUAACAAAACCAGCCUGCUCCUGAGCAAUUUGACGUGACAGAUAGGCUUGAAGUCUUGUAUUUAUGAUCUGAAGUAGCACUUUACUUGCAUGAGAGAUGAGAGAAAUUAGCCUAUAGUUGUUACAUUUCUUCGUUGAGCCUUUUUUAUGCAAUGGUAUGAAUAAAGAAUGCGACCAAUCCAUUGGCCAACAUCCUGUUUCCCAAAUUUUGUUACAAAUAUUAAAUAGGACAUCAACGCCUGCUUCACCCAUGGCCUUGAAAACUUCAAUCGGUAUCUCAUCUACACCAACGGCCUUAUUGCACUUCAGAUGCUGGAUAGCGGCGCGCACUUCAUCCCUCAUUAUUGAUGGUUCCCGAUCAUUUAUUUGAUUUAUCGGACAAAAGUCAUCUGCCGAAGUGUUACCAUUAGAAAAUAGUGUGCUACAGUAAUCUUUCCACACGGUGACAAUGUCCUGAAUUUCUGUUACUGGCAUACCGACGGCGUUCUCUAUAGACCAAGUUUUAGGCUUGAACUGACGAGUCAAGCAGCGUACCUUGUUGUGCAGAUCUUUUGUUUCAUACUUGUCAGAAUGUUGUUCGAGUUCUUCACACAACUUUGCCAACGCACGAUUUAUAUCACGUCUACAUUCUGCCUGUAUGGUAGCACUUAUUUCAUUAAGUUGGGAUACUGACACACCUUUAGCCUUCAUACUUCUACGAUCUUCCACUAGCUUCCAAGUCUCCAUGGACAUCCAAUGUUGUCUUUUAGCAUUGUGAGGUCUAGGCUGCGAUUCUAUAACUGCUUCUUUGAUGUAUGUUUUUGCCGAUAACCAUAGUUCGUUUGAAUCCAGUGUGGUCUUGGUUUCUGCUUUCCAAGUGUUAUGUUUUUCCACCAGAGAUUUCUUAAAGGACUCCUCGUCAAGUAUGUGCAGCCUUUUCGUAGUUGUUGCAGGUCUAGCAUUUUGCAGCUUUAAUCUCAAAUUCCCGAAUAAUAGCUGGUGAUCUGAGUGACAAUCGGCACCAGGUAAAGUAUGUACGUUGGUUAUCGAGCUUCUCCAUCUAGAUCUUACAAGGACAUAGUCAAUUUGGUUUCGAUGUUUACCAUCGGGUGAAACCCAAGUAUAAAGACGUCUUACGUGGUGUUUGAAUACAGUAUUCAUAAUGGUCAUGUUGUUAUUGGCAGCAAACUCUAUCAAACGCUCUCCUCUAGGAUUCCUAGUACCAAGUCCGUAUUUGCCUACAAUAUUUCGGAGACCUGAAUCAUUGAUUGUAGUUCCUACCUUUGAGUUGAAGUCACCGAGUAUUAGAAGUAAUUCCCGUUUAGGAAUCUUAGACAUACAGUUUUCGAGUUCAUAAUAGAACUUGUCUACUUCUUCAUCACUCGCAGCAGCUGUAGGAGCGUAAACUUGAACUACAUUUACUGGUACUGGAGAUGCAUUGAGCUUUAUGGAUAUCAUCCUAUUGCUAACUGGAUCAUAACCUAGGACAGAACGGUUUAAUCUUUUGGGUAUUGCAAUGGCUACUCCAGAGUGACUGCUUUUAUCAUUGCCUGAAAAAUAUAUGGUGAAUUUCUCAGUAUCACGGUGGCCACUCUGUUUCCAGUGAGUUUCACUAAUUCCAGUAAAAGUCAAACCGCAACGUUCAAUUUCUGAUUCCAGAAUAUGCAGCUUCCCCUCAUCUAGAAGUCCUCUAACAUUCCAUGUGCCAAAACGGAGUUGUUUAUGUAGAUUGAUGCUUCUUCCAGUAGCAUGUUUUCCGUGGAGUGCCUGGUCGCCUGCUUCUCCAUGGCCGGUAGCCAAUUUCACAUCCUGAGCCCCGGAAAACUCAGAGCGCCGGUCGCUACGCGGGUCACAAGGCAAACGUUCUCUCGUAACUUGAAACUAUGUGGAAAGUUUAUUUAUCACGAAAUCUCAAAAACGCUGGACGUACAAAGAUGAAAUUUGGCAGGGAGGUAGUUUAUAAGAUGACGUCCGCUAAGAACGGAUUUUGCUACAGGGCCGAAUGAAGGUCUAAGGGCGGACGAAGUCGCGGGCGUCCGCUAGUAUAGUAUAUCUAUAAUAUAUCUUUCUUUUGUUGUCAAAAUUCGAAAUAUACGAAAUAUGCAUUUUCAGACAGUCCUUACUCUUACUCGCGCCCUUACUCUGCGAAAAAAGAAAGACGAUUGAAUAAAAUUUUAAUAAAAAAAAUACAACCGACUUCAAAACCAAAAAAACGUACCCAGUAAACUAAAAAGCGAAAAAUAACAUCAUAAUAUGUUCUACCUGCUGAUCAGUAUGAUGGCGGUGCUAAGCCAUACAAAUUAGUCAAGCCCAAGCACAAGGUAGCUACCGUACACCGUUAAGGGGUUCCCUUAAUUGACCUUGGUUUUCAUCAUCAGACCCCUAAUGACAGUCACAACCCAUCUUGGUACAAAGUUCUCAGCAAUACGAAUUAAUCAAGGCCAAACACAAGGUAGUUACUGUAAACUGUUAAGGAGUUCCCUUAAUUGUCCUUGGUCUUCAUCACCAAACCCCUAAAUUACAGUCACAUCCUAACUAUGUGGAAAGUUCUCAUUAAUACAAAUUAAUCAAGCCCAAACACAAGGUAACUGCUGUAAAUCGCCGAGGAGUUCCCUCGUCUGUUUUAUGGCUCCAUCAUCAGAUCGAUUUUAAACCUUUAUGAAAUUGUAGUGCUUAAAAGUACUAAAUGGAAAAGUUUACGAACACACUAGACACCCAUAUAAUUUUCGAAAGUUCCUCUCAAUUUCUCCAAGAUUCCAUCAUCAGAUCUUGACAUGAUGGCAAUGGGACCAAAUGGGGACUAUACCGUUUCAAACAAAAAAAGAAUUUUUGAAAUCGCUCCAGGCGUCUUUGAGUAAUCGGUGUACAUACAUAAAAAAAAAAAAAAAUACCGACCGAAUUGAGAACCUCCUCCUUUUUGAAGUCGGUUAAAAACACAUUUUGGUACAAUCAAUGUAUGUAGAAAAUAUCGUUACAACCUAUUUACAACUCUAUGUGAAUUGCAUAAAGUCGAUUUUAUAAUUGUGUCUUUGAAAAAAGUGAUCGACCACGUUCGCGCCUUUUAAGGAAGACUUGCUCUGAACCUUACAGCCUUUGCAAACUGCGACAUUUUCAUACAUCACACUUUGUAUCCUUAGUAUGAUACUUUGAUUUAUAACUAUGACGUCAAAGGAAAAUAGACCUUACAGUACUUAUUUUAAGGUCCUAUAUUCUAUUUAAUUUAAUUUUUAAAAUACGUUCCACUACUAUUAGAAGUUUAUACGAAAUUGAGCUUUAUUCCAAAGCUUAUUAGGUCGAUUUUACUGUGACGCUUAAUGAUCAAAUUUUAUAUUAAGGGUACAUUCACACUAAAGAAUUUAUAAUUGAAAAAUAUUUUGAACAUCUCGCAGUUUGCAAACGCGUCCAAGUGUGAUCCUAAAAUUAAUAUAUACCUAAAGAAAAACCUACACAAUUAUUUACGCCUUUUUUCUACACCUUAAGACUAUAUGUAACACCUAAAGUACGUGAUAGUCCUUUACUAAAGUCGUGAAUCAUUGAUAUAAAAAAAAACAUACGCGCUUUAUUAGCAAUCCCCUCUUUUUUGAAGUCGGGUAAAAUCUUUUGUAGCCAUUCAUAUUUCAAAUUAGAAUCCCACGCAACGAAGAGGAUUCUUUUUAGAAUCUAAGAAUCCUUUGCUUUUAAUCAAAGAAAAAAACAAUUUUACAGCCUAGCUUGAAAAAUAACUAUUUCACUCCUAACGUGAUAUGGGUUUUUUAUAUCAAUGUUUUGAAAUCGAGAAUUUCACUUUGAAAAAUAAAGCAGAAUUCGAAUGAAAGAUUAAUUUUCAACAUUCGCAGACGAAGUGCAAGCCCUAAUUUCCAUUUCCAUAUAAAAAUACGCCUGAACAUAUUUUCUAGAUUUUGAGAAAAUUUGCUGACCCAUCAGUCGUGUACAAAACUUUCUUUUCUUUUCAAAAAACAAUUGAUACAAAAACUAAAAUAGAAAGCAAACUAAAGCGUCUUGGAAACGGUCAAGCUUUUUGUCAAAUCAAACGUGUUUGUCAAACACUUCAAAUGUUUGUCAAACAAUGCUUAAUGAAAAAGUCAAGUGAAAGGGAAUGCCCGUCCGCCGAUGUGAUUUACCUUAACUACCCGGCAAUUUACUUAGGUAUAUUUAAAAAAAUCUCAAUUUACUUGUCUUGAUAAAGAUAUUUUCUUUGUUUCUUAUAAUUUAACUUUAAUAAUGAAAACAUUACUUUAUCAAAAAAAGUUUACUACAACGUUUAACGACAUUUUAAUUUGUAAAACAGGCAAAGAUCGUUGAACAUACAGCCUGAGUAUAAUGAAAUUUUUUGAAGAUAUAUGGUUGGUUUGUUUAUUCUUUUGGUUAUUUGUUAAGGUUGUUGGUAACAGAAAAAAAUGAUACUUUUUAAGCAAGAUGAGUGAUAAAAACAUAUUUUUUCUUAAAGAAACGUACUUUCACUAAACCAAUUAUUUAACCAAAUUCAAAAUUAUACGUCAUAUUAUCAUCUCCAUAUGUUAUGCAUCUCCAUAUGUUAUACCUAAGUUCCUGGGGCCGGUGGGCUCCCCUUUGCUAAAUAUUAUGUUUGGCCGUUUUCAAUGCCCUUUAAAUGAUUGACGCAAGUUUUUUUGCCUACGUUCGGUUAGGCUGCCAGUGCACCGAAGCGGAGCGAGGCUGCGGAGCCGAGAAACGGGGAAAUUAUAACCAAUUGGAUUGCACAAAAUCUCCGAUCCUUUUAAGUGGACAGGGACUUGCGAGCUAGUUUAAAAAUUCAUAUAAAACUGCGGCGCGCGGAAGUUUUUUCGGGAAAUCACUCCGCUCCGCAUUAGUCUGUUUCUCCGCUGCGCUCCCGCGCUCCGAUUUGGUGGACAGGCAGCCUCUGGUAUGCCGUUGAAUAACUGAGACUGCUAGGGCCUUAGCCAUGUGAUACUUCUAUUAACUUUCUGGAAACGCUAACGCUUCGAAAACUAACAAAAUGUACGGGAAUGACAUGUGAUUAAAUUAUAUUUAUGUUUUCUCUUUUUUGUUUGUUUUUUAGUUUUUAAUAUUGUAUAAUUAAUAAUAAUAACCAAUUAUAACUACUAUUAUAAUGGUUAAAAUGAACUGUGGUUUAUGUUGCAUUAUGGUUAGGCUUAAUUUAAUUAAGUAUUUUGUAGAAUAAUAAUUAAAUUAAAUUAAUAUCCGAUUAAUCACGUGACCUAUUGAUAGCGAAUGCCACACCCAUACAUUUUUUAUCUAUCGAAACGUUAGCGUAUGUAGAAAGAUUAUCGAUACGUAUAUGGCUAGAGGCCUGCAGACAAUAGAUACGCGUCCUGAGAUGAAAUAAUUUUGUUUAUCUAACUAGCUUUGUCUUUCGUCCCAUCCCAACUUAAAAGAUAAAUAAUGCUUUCUUUUUGCGAUGAGACGAAAGACAGCCGUAAAAACCAUAGAAAUCUAAACUGUAUGAACAGAAACCUUUAAGGCAUAUCUUAUGCAAGACAUGUGACGACUACCGACUGUUCUCGUCUUUACUCUGAUAAGUAAUUGUAAUUAAAGAUAUUAUUAUUUAAAUUAUACAUUUCCAAUGCUUAUGAAAGUUUAUUAUUAAAUUAUAUAUAAUUUUCUGUAAA